AUGUCUACGGAUAGUUUUGCACCUUUGCGUAGUCCUGGAGAAGGACCCGUAGCCGUCGAGGCUAAUGACUCCAGAGACCUUACAAAAAAUGACAACAAAUUGCGGUGCGGUUGGGGCUAUUUUAGACCUGCGGCCCUCCAGAGGUUUACCACUGCCAAAUGGGCACUUUUCUGGCUGUGCUGUGCUUCGACAAUGCAAGGAAUGAUCGUUAACGGUUUCGUAAACGUGGUAAUAACGACAAUAGAGCGCCGUUUUGGUCUACGAUCGAAACAAACCGGACUGGUGGCUGGUGGUUACGAUAUGGCGUCUUUCCUUUGCCUGGUACCAGUCACUUACCUAGGAGGUCGCGCCAUGGCUUCAAAGCCGCGAUGGCUGGGCCUGGGUGUUCUACUGCUCGGAGCAGGCGCCCUGUGCUUUUCGUUGCCACACUUUUUGGUUGGACCAGCAAGGGCUGAAGGGAAAACGGUGCCGCUAUGCAAUAACUUUACUCAAGAAAUCAAUUUAGGACUUAUGCAGGAUACGAAUUGUCAGGCAUUGACGUUUCAAGACAAUCAACAAGUACCUAUAGUUGCAGAAGAGGCAAAUGUUUGGUGGCUAUUCUUCGUAGCACAGCUUUUACAUGGGGCUGGUAGUGCUCCUCUUUUUACGCUGGGAGUCACUUUCAUAGAUGAAAAUGUUUCCAAAAAAAUGUCAAGCGUUUACCUAGGAAUUUACUAUACGAUGUCGAUUAUUGGACCAGCCGUGGGAUAUGUUCUUGGAGGGCAAUUCUUGCAGAUUUAUGCUGAUACUUUAACGAUUGAUCCAUCCACAAUUGGCUUAACACCACAGAGUAAUGUAUGGAUCGGUGCCUGGUGGAUUGGCUUUAUCUUUGGGGCCAUAAUAUGUUUUCUUCUGGCAUUGCCUAUAAUAGCUUAUCCUUCAUCACUUCCAGGAUCGGAAGAGCUGCGCAACGCCCGAGUGUCAGAGGCCCACGCGCGUACUGGCGAUUCGAAGGAAGGAUUCGGACGGAUACGCGAGCUUCCGAGAGCUUUAAUGGAGCUUGUGCGCAAUCCAGCUUUUUCAUUCCUCAACUUGGCUGGCGCAUCGGAGGGACUGUUAAUUGCUGGUUUUGCUGCAUUUUUGCCCAAAUUAAUUGAAUUUCAAUUCAGCGUUACACCGACACGAGCUGCGUUAUUGAUGGGAUUAAUAACAGUUCCAGCAGGCGGAGGUGGUACUUUUCUGGGCGGAUAUUUGGUCAAACGAUUUUCUUUAUCUUGUAGUGGAAUUAUCAAACUCUGUGUGGUCGCAACUGCUGCAGGAAUAUUGUUCACCUUCUGUUUCUUACUGAAUUGCCCAAAUCAACCGUUUGCUGGUGUUACAGUUCCGUAUUCAUCUUCCUUAACAAGCGUGCCCUUGUCCCUGUCGGAUUCAUGUAAUUCAGGCUGCGAUUGUUCCAGAGCCGAUUUUGACCCGAUAUGUGGAUUCGAUCAAGUGAUGUAUUACUCGCCUUGUCAUGCCGGCUGCACCCAAGAAGAUUCCCAUGGUAACAUCAAGGUAUAUUCCCAAUGCCGUUGCAUAAAUUCAGAAAAUAGAAAGGUAUGGAAGCAAGACGAUGAAUCGAAAGAAUAUGAUGCCGCCAAUGUAACUUGUGAUUCAACUUGCCCCCAUUUACCACUAUUUGUGGGCCUGAUGGUCUUUGUAAUGUUUUUCACAUUUUUGUCUACAAUGCCAGCCUUGUCAGCAACUUUGCGAUGUGUGAGAGACGAACAAAGAUCGUUUGCAUUGGGAAUUCAAUGGAUAGUAGUACGUCUGUUAGGAACCAUACCAGCCCCAAUGCUUUUUGGAGCACUCAUCGAUGAAAGUUGCAUACUAUGGCAAGGAGACUGCGACUCCGGUGGGGCUUGUCUUGUUUAUGAUAAUAAAAAUAUGAGCAGGUAUAUGGUUGGAGCAGCAUUCAUAGGAAAAGCUUGCUCGUUGAUAUUUUUCUUUGCUGCUUGGUGGUUUUACAUUCCACCAAAAGCAAUAAAGCCCCAAGCACAAAAAUGA